AUGAGAAUGUCAACGAAAAUAUUACUUUUAUUGACAUUAUUACAAAACUAUGAAACGCAGGAAGUGAAUAAUUUUUUAAUUAAAAUAACAGAUCACCCGGUUCUUAUGAAAAUUAAUGGUAUAAAAAAUUUUAAUUUAACCAUCCCUGAAGAAUGUAAGGAGCUUGGCUUCUGUGAACACAUACCCAACUAUCCAUACGAUUACGUGUCGGAAAUAAUAACCCUGCUCUCAAAGGCAAACAUCAAACUUCAUGCAGAUGUGGAUCCGAGGGAACAUAUAACACAAUACGAUGUUGAAGAAAUAAAUAAUUCGGAAUAUGAGGAUUUGUGUUCUUCACAAUUGGAGAUAAUUCACCCCCAAGUAGUACGUGACAAUAACAAGUGGUAUUUGAUUCUCAAUUCAAAAACAAAUCCACAAAACUAUGUUAUUGAAAAAUGUCGCGGCAACCCUAGUAGACCCGAAAGGUGUUCUGGUAAAGCAUACUUCACACCCCCCUUCUAUGGAAAGUGCGUUCAAAAGUAUAUAGAAAGAAAAAUGUUCGCGCUUAAGCCACCUUUUUACGAUUAUCUUGUGUCGAUAUACUUCCCCAUACCAAGUUGCUGUAGCUGUGAAGUAAAACGGGAAUAUCCAUUGGCCGAUGUGAAGACACGGCCCAAUGUG